UAGCAUACCUGUGUCAGAACCGAUUCCGUCAACUCGCCUUGAAAAUUAGACAGAUUGAAAUCGAACGUGACCCAAUUCAUUGAUUAUUUCACCUUUGUGUACACCUGUGUUUAGUACCUGUUAUUUUUUUUUACGUUUACCUGUCGUGUUUUUUUCUCUUCCUUUUGAAUACGUGCAUUGUUAGAGUCAAAUCUCGAGACCACUCCGUGAAAAGGCAAACAUUAUGAGCACACAAAUUAAUCUGUCGAGUGUUUAUUGGGCGGAUAUAUUUGUAAAUACCUUUAACAAACCUACCCGUCCGACAGAGAAGACGCAUCAACACAUUUAAACUCUGAGUCAACAAGAACCGCUGGUCGAAGCUAAAAGGAUGAGGAGACCCUCUUACUGACCAUUAGAGGAAAGUAGAUAUUUAUACCUACACUCUCCACUAAGUACACUUGAAGGUGUGAGACGCCAGGUGUAAUUUACGGCUAAAUGUAUUUAUAAACAGUGACAAUUUCCUGCUCGAAAAACUGCGGGACCGCCCAGGCUGUGACAGUUAGCUACACUCAUUGCUGGAAGAGAAGGAUCUGAGAAAUUACGACCACAAUUUUGACCGCAAUACUGCUGCUUGGCGCCCUUGACUCACAUCACUCUCCUGUCGAGAUGUCUCUUACACUCCAUUCUGUACUCCUUGUAGUGGUGAUUCAGCUGUGCUCCGCCAACCUCGUCAUCACAGCAGAUGAGCAGCAAACCAGUGACAUCACGUGCUGGACCUGUCCAAUCAAGAAGAACAAUGACGCGUGCAACGAUUGGGCCCCGGAUGUGAAAUGCCCUCUCAAUAAUACUGUGUGUAAGACGACCCACGUCCUUGACAAGACCACGGGCCAAAGUGUGUCCGUCAUCAAGCAGUGUGCCCCUCCCUCCGACUGUGACCCGGAUACAGUCGGCUGUACCGCUGUCCCGAACACCGACCAUAUGGUAUGUGUCUCGUGCUGUGACAAACCCUACUGUAACGUUGCUGUCCCCGUCAACACGACUACUGCCAUCAAGUUAUCGUCAUUCUUCAGCGGCGCCAAUGGCCUCCAUCUCAACCUGCACGUGCUGACCUUUACCCUGGUCGUUGUCAUCCUUUCCAGCGUUUUAAAUGGGCAAGGUUGAUCGCGGAUUCUUUAAAAUGUUUAAACACAUUUUUAAGUACGAAGUAGAGACUGUGCAUUUCUGAAAGAAAAUGCCAUUCCUACGGAACAGUAUGGUUGCCGAGGUGACCACGUGAUUGAUUGCAACACGAUAACAUAGUUCCCAUGGCAACUGAGUUGAAUAUGCAUUCUGUUUCCAAAAACAUUGUGGGUGAAGAAAUGUGAUAUUUCGUUAAAAUCAAAAGCGAUUAAAAGUCGAAAAUCCCAUUCACUUUUUGGAAAACAGCCAUUCUCUUACCCCGGCAGUCUGGUGUGGAAAUUAUGCAUAGAACAUCUUUCGUGACCAGAAGUGCGAGAAUUGAUAAAAGAGGUUCCUCAAUGUUCUGCGUCAAGAAAAUGACGCAGCAAUGACAUCAGGAUCAACGAACGCGGGAAGCUUCCUGGAGCAGUCACCUGUUUCAUAUAAAGUGCACUACCAGCAUGAAAGUUGGUAGAAACAAAGUGUCUACAUCUCCGACGGCUUUUUAGAGCGUCGUCAAUGGAGCCUGCAAGGAUGGUGUUUCAGACAGCAUUACAAAAGAGGGACAAAGUGACAGGGAUUUUAGUGUUGAUCAUUCCUUAGUAUACAGCAACAUGGAUAUAACAGUUAGAGGGAUAUCAUUUUAAAGUAGACAAUGCCCCUUCCAAUGUGCCUAGGCCCUGUGCUUGUUGUGCCGAAUUAUCCCGAACAAUGCUGAAUGGUGUCAGAGACAAUGGUGUAUGAUGAGAGUGUACCAAGGCCGUGUCGGGUGACAACGGCAGGUCAAGUUCCCAGUCGAGGCAGAACUGUAUAGCAAAUUGUUCAUUGUUGUGUAAGGUUUUCCACUACCUAAUAGGCUCUUAUUUCCGACAGUUUCACCAUCAUUUGAGGUCCAGUUGCGUUGCCAGGCAAAAUAGACUCGUAAAUACGCGUAUUCAAACGACGAGGUACGGUGUUUCAAUAAGUAUUACGGUGGUGAUAAUUUCUGCCUCGGACAUCACGUGAACUGUUAAAGACUCACGGAAUACACAAAGUCAAUACAGUCAUUUUUUAAUUAAUGAGAACCUAACACAGAGUUGAACAACUAGUUUACAUACAUGAGCAGACGAUGAUAGUGCCAAGCGUUUAGUGUUAUAUAGUCGAUUAUGUGUACAAUGUAUAUCAUACUUGUAACUAGUAUGAAUACUGUACGUGUGAUAUCGAUUACUGAUUUAUUGAAUAUUGCGAACUUGUAAAUAAUAUUGUUUCAUGUAUAUACAUAUAUACCAUAAUUUAUAAUUAACUCUUGCUAUUAGCAUUAAUUAAAAGUAUGCACCUGUUAAUCAAAAUACUCGAAUGUCAAAUUCCUGUUACCAAAUACUCAAUUUUCCAUGACGGUUGACAUCUCACUAUAUAAGGGGAGGCAACUGUGUAAAAAUGACCAGGAAAGCUACGUACGAUUUUGAUAUUAUGGAACUAAAUGUGCAAUAAACAUAUUUAAAUUGGCAAA